AUGCUUAUCUUUCUUUUUGCUAUUGCUGUAGUCAAUACAGGGUUUUUAGGAACGAAUGCUGUUUCAAAUUGCAGUCUAUGUAUGGUACAAGGAGACUUUUCUGAAACUGACGGCUAUGCUUGUUUUCCAUUGAGUAAUGGACGUGUCGCUUGUACUUGUCCUGAUCAACGUUAUACAAUUGAUAAGCCAUGCCGUAUCUGCGAACGAGAAAAUAUAUGUGGUGAUAGUCCGGAUAAUUUUUGUGCGGAAGUAUCAGCAAUUUCAUCAGAUGUCGAUGGCGAAAGUACACAUUAUUUUAGCUGUUUUUGCUCUGAUCAUACAUAUUAUAUUGGAAAAGCUUGUCCAUCAAAAGCAACAACACCUGUAUCUACAACGGCAACAACACCUGUAUUUACAACGGCAACAACAACAUCAGUACCUGCAACGACAAUAUCAACAACAUUAGUACCUACAACAGCAACACCAAUAGCUCCAACGACUGCAACGAUAAUAACAGCAAAACCUUAA